AUGAAGCUACAAAGCAAAUUCAACUCCGUAUCUUUGCUCGUGUCCUUGGGCCUGGCAGCUUGCCAUGUCCAAGCAAUAGCCUUUCCGCUUGACCUAGAACGGAGGGCCGGUACGCAACAAAAUGGAACGACAAAACUCGUCGCCCCAGACUUUUAUCGGUACAACACCAUGGAUGUGGAAGGGAGUGAGAUGAUGACUCUGCGGUACGCAGCUGAGUUUAUAUGGUCUGGCGCAUUUGAGUUCGGCAAACUGAAGAGAAUAUCGAAAACGGGAAAGAAGUCUAAAAAUAUCCUUAAGCCAGGCGUGCAGAAAUGUUUGGCUGUUAGAGAUAAAGAUACUGAAGGCGGAGGCGUCGUUGUUGAUGCUUGUAGUUGCACGACCGGGCCGUGUGAUAAAGAUAAUAACAUCAACUCCCCUACACCUCGUUUCCAAUGGAAUAUUAAAGGCAGACUCCUUUACCCGGAGAUCUACGAAAACGGCGUUAUAGAUGAUAGCGUUCAGAAGGGGAAGUUUGGCGAAAAACAGCUGCCUUUCUGGUACGGUUGGAUUGAGUCCGCACUGAGCGACAAGUGCCUGACAUAUGUACCACCACGCACAUCGCCUCCUCCAUUUACUGAUCAAUUGACAUACGGUAAAAUCGGGGAUGUCGUCGUUAAGGAGUGCAAAACCGAGCCUCCUGACUUUUCCCAGCUUUGGUUGAUUUGGAUCUUCAAAAAGGAUGGACCUACAAGAAUUAUCCCAAUGACCGGCACCCAUCGCUGGCAAACUUGUGUAGCAAAAGGAUCGAACAACAAAAGGCACUUUCGAGGGUUGGUAUUCAAUACUGAUCCUAACAGUGAAGAUACUGUCUACUUCGGAUGCCAUGAAUCGGAUUAUACUGCUAUAAACUCUCAUCCAUGGUACUUUAGAGUUCCUGAGAGUGACAGUCCUGAUAUUUCUGAACAGGAGUUGGAUAAAUUUGCAAUGGAAAAUUUAGUGGAUUUUGCGUAG